AGAUACUCCAGCUGUGCAGUUAAUUCCACCAGCACAGGACAGCGCUUGUGUGUAAAGAGGUUGUCAUUGUCUAACAUUUUAUUAUCCAACUCGGAUUAGAGUUCAGCCAAGUGAAAAUACUUCUUUGGAAAAUAUAGACAUUGCGUCUUUCGUAAGGGAAAAAAAAAAAAAAAAAAUUGUGCAAAUUCGGGGAAUUUAGUGGGACCUGCGAAUCUGUCAGGAUGUCGGACCUGUCUGUGAAUGAUCAUUUGGAGGGGAUACUGUCAGACUUUGAGGCAUUGAAGAGAUCCUUCGACAUUGACAAUGUGGACGAUGUCCCUACAUUUUCUUCCACCUCUACCCUCAACUCUUCCUUCAGCCCCUCAGCCAGCAGCCUUAUCCUGUCCAAAACCAAUGAGGGCAGAGGACCUACCGCCCAUGUCCAGCCCACUUACCAGUCAAGGAUCAGUAUCAGCUCUAGCCUGGCCCCCAGCCCAGUCAUGAAGAACAAAAUGGUAUCCAGCCUUUCCUUCAACCGAGGUUCCAUGGCCAUAGCCAAAACUAAUGGUAACACUGGCACUAGCAUCACUCGGGUCUCCUCCUUCCAGACCAAGUUUAACCCCAACGGCUUCUCCUCGUCCUGUGGGCCGGGAAGCGACAAUGACAGCCUCCAUAGCUCCACCUCCAGCCUGGAAUACCAGGCAUCCUCCAAACUCAGCUCCUGCGCAAGCCCUCCCCAAAGCUCCUGCGCAAGCCCUCCCCAAAGCCCAAUGGGGAUGAGCGACUUCAAACCCCAGCGCAUCUGCAGCCCAGCACUGCAGAAGUUCUCCUCCCAUGGCAAUAUGUUCCAUUCUGAAGUAGAGCCACCUCUUGCCUUGCCCGCAGAGCCCAUGAGGGUGAACCACGGUUCAAUGCCUUCUCUGGAUCUCCGCAUCACUGAAAGUCGAGGGGCUGGAAAUGCCAGAUCACCAAGCUUGGGGUACCGCAGCUCUGGUCCCACUUGGAAUGCUGCCUCUCUCAGGCAGAACUCCGGGCCUCUUCGAAGGGAGCCCUCUUUCACUUCCGGUACCCAGUCUCCCAAACCAAAGGAUCCCACAAAAUUGAACAAAUUUCCUCUGGAUCUUGAUAACCUGGUGGCCAAACCUCAAGAAGCUCCAAAAGAGGCUUUCCCUAAGCCAGCCCCUAGAUCCCACCUCAAGUUGAGCAGCCCCACCAGCUCAGCCAGCCCUGCAGUCUCCACCAGCAGCUUGGACACUGUAGCAGCAGGGAUACACAGCAAAACAGCCAAAGCCGGCUCCAUGCCCCCUCCAGGGCGCUUCCCAGUCCCCAGUGUCAGUGAGUCUCCUGUCCCCCUUUCACCGCCCCAGACACCCCAGUUCCGUCUCGUCUCACAGCCCCAAGUUGUGCAGCUCUCCCCAGUAGCUCAGCCCUCAACUGCUCAGGGCAAGGUUACCCAGAAAACCCAGAUCAGCGAGGAGCCUGCCCAGGGGCCCCCUCCGCAGAAGGACAGUGUAGGCUCCAUACUUCAGAGAAUUGCCUCGUUUUCUCGAGCUGACAGCACAGGAGGACCCAAGCCAAGGGAGAACAAAUACCAUGGAAACAAGCAGGAAAGGGAGGAGCCACCAGGUCAGAGGGAGGCUGACCAGAGAAUGAAGAAGCUGGAAGCGGAAAAGUCCAUGGCAGAGCCUCAAUCAAAACCAGAUCCUGACCCCGAGCCCAAGACUGAGGCGACUGUGACAGGCCAGGACCUCUUCGGCUAUGUGGGUAUAGAGUCUGUGCUGGACCAGAUGAGACGCAAGGCUGUGAAGACCGGGUUCGAAUUCAACAUCAUGGUUGUAGGUCAGAGUGGACUGGGCAAAUCGACCCUGGUUAACACUCUUUUCAAAUCCAAAGUGAGCCGGAAAUCCUGCAAUCCCUCAGUUGAGGAAGGCAUCUCCAAGACAGUGAACCUACAGUCCAUCAGUCACGUUAUUGAAGAGAAAGGAGUCAAAAUGAAGCUGACCGUGAUCGACACGCCAGGGUUCGGAGACCAGAUAAACAAUCUGAACUGCUGGGAGCCAAUUAUGAAAUACAUCAACGAGCAGUACGAGAAAUAUCUGAAGGAGGAAAUCAACAUUAACAGGAAACGCAAAAUCCCAGACACCAGAGUCCACUGCUGCGUCUACUUUGUACCCCCCACUGGCCAUUGUUUACGCCCCCUGGACCUGGAGUUUAUGAAGCGAUUGGGCAAAGUAGUGAGCGUCGUCCCAGUGAUCGCCAAAUCGGACACCCUCACCCUGGAUGAGAGACAGCGGUUCAAAGAGCGGAUUCGACAGGACCUGUGGACCAAUGGAAUUAAAGUAUACCCACAGAAGGAGUACGAUGAGGAUGCAGAAGACAGAAUAUUAAACGACAAAAUCCGGGAAAAGAUCCCCUUUGCAGUGGUGGGCACAGACAAAGAGCACCAAGUGAAUGGAAAAAAUGUCCUAGGCAGAAAAACCAACUGGGGAGUCAUUGAAGUUGAAAAUGUUGCACACUGCGAGUUUGCCAACCUGAGAGAUCUGCUCAUCAGGUCACACCUGCAGGAUUUGAAAGAUGUCACACACAACAUCCAUUAUGAGACCUACCGGGUUCAGAGGUUAAACGAAAGCAACUUGAACGGCCUUGGACUUUCAACAUUGCCUCUGGCUUCAGUGAAUGGCACGGUGGUGAGAAAGGAGUCGGAGAGCAACCUUUAAAAGGAGGGAGGGAAACCAAAACAAAGUCAUCAGAUAAUGGUUUUGGCUGGCCUGCCCCCCCAUUUCUUUAUCCCCUCCUCCUGCAGUGUACCACAAUAAAAAAAAAGAGAACAUAGUGUUACCAAGAAAUGGUACGGUAUUGGACAAGCAGUUUUUUUGUUGUUUUUUUUUUUCGGUUUGGGGUGAUGAAGUGGCACGUUGCCAUGGAUACUCUGGGGUGGGCCUUGACCACAGAAAGCGGACCUGGUUGAUGUUGGGUCAUUUGACAGCUGUACAUGGCGAAAUAAAAAUAAAAAAUAGGGGCAAAUACAAACAUCCCCCCUGUUAGAGCUUUGAGCUGCCUUAAGCCCAUCUGUACUUUGUAAAUGCCAAUCUCCUAGUCAGUCAAUCGAAUCUUCAGUGGGGACCUUGUGUAACCAUUUGAAAGUGCUUGAAGGCAGACUUGGGCAUAGAACCCCCUAAUGAAGCCACAGGCACAGCUAACAGUGCUCGGCAAGGACUUUGAGAAUGAAAGAGAAACAUGCAUUGAUCAAGUGUGUUCGUAGCCCACCUUAGACGCUUUGAAUUUUUGCCCUUACUUUUAUCGUUUUUUUGCCUCAUUAAGAUUUUUGAAAGGUGUUAGUAUUGCCAAACAGCAUCCCGAUUUCAUGUUACAAUUGUCAAAAGAAGCCUGUUGGCCAUAAAGCCAAAUGCUAAAUUCUCCAAUUGCUAGAACAUUAAAAAAAAAAAAAAAAAAAAAAAAAAAAAAAAAAAAAAGGCAAAUUACUGACUUAACAAGCCCUGCUUACAAAAUCAUCUAUCAUGAUUCUCCUUAUAGAUCAUGUUUGUUUGGCAGUAAUGACAUUAAAAUAUUCAAGUUCUAGUUGGACUUGGAGAAGGGGGCUCAAAAGAGAUUCACUAACUUUAUAAUGGACAGCUCCUAAACAGCAGUGCCAUCUAGUGGCACUCACUGUAACCGAAACUUUUCUGCAGGAGACCAGUUUAUUCCAAUGCCACUGACAGUAUUGCAUGGCAAGUGUACUGCCUUUGUAAAUGCUGUUAAAUGGGUCAAAAACUUCUGCCUGACCCCCCUUUACAAAGUGUUUGUUUUCUCUUCUGGAAUCAAUGAAUCCCUUUAACCGGGAACAGGACUCCACUUUAAUCUCCAGUGCAGUUACGUUGCAUUUCGUUAACAGACUUGCACUGGAGAUUAAAGUGGAGCCUGCAGUUUUAAUCUCCCAACUCUUGUGCAUAUUAAUUUUUUAAUGAUUCUGAAUGUUUUGUACUGUAGUAACAGUGGUUUUUCGUUUGUUUUUUGUUUAAUAUGACAGUUUAUUUGUGAUUAAACACAUCAUACUCUGUAUAUACUCUUAGCUCAACUGCUUGUUCUCUGCACAGCUAUGCAACCCACCAGUUGCCUUUUUAAAAAGCAGGUUGCCUCGGUUACCUGAACAGUGCUUGCUCCACACAUACAAGUAAGCUUGAGUGUAAUACUGGUAAAGUUCCAGUGUUUUAAAGCCAGUACUUAAUAAUUAAAGUAGUACAGUAAACUGCAACAGUUCUAGCACAGACCCUGAUAUUAAAUCUAGUGCAGCUAAUGCAGCAUAAAAAAAAUUUAAAAUCUCAUUGCAUUGUGUUUGAACCAUUUCAGGUUUUGCAAAGACCCAAGCCAUGCCUAAGCUUUCUUGAGCUACUGCCAAAACUAAAAGCUGGAGUGGUUCAAACCACCACAGUAAUUAUAAUGCAACCUUGUUCUGGAAAUGUCAGCCUUCCUUUUCUUGUGAAAGAUGCCUUCAAUAGUCUCCGUAUUCAGGGAUCCAACCGCUAGCACUAUGAGAAUGCAGCAGAUUUUCUGAGCAAUAUACUGGAGCAAUAUACUGGCGCUCUUUCAAAGUCCACUCUACCACCAGGACUAUCACGUCCCAGUUACAUAUAGAAACCCCAUUUGUGCUGCAAUACCAAACAGUAAUACUGGUGUAAAUGUUACUAAAACUAUUGAAAAGCUAUUAAAGAAAAAAAAAAAAAAAAACUAAAAUUAUUCCAGGUACUUUUCAUGGAUACAAAUGGGAACCAUCUUUCAGACAUUUGAAUAAACCAAACUUCUUAAAAUUUUUAGUAAACUCCCAACUGUGCUGAAGAAUCUAUAGUUACUAGUACUGGUAUGUAACAUUUCAGCAGCAAUAUGCAGUUGUUGAAGCUUCCACAAAGUGAAAUAUUUUUAUUUUCUUACAUCAUCUUGUGUCAAAAUUAUUAAAAUCAAACUGAGAAAUCGUGGAUUAACAGGAGAGAAUAAUAAAGCACACCUAAGAUAAGUAAAGAAAUUAUUUUCAAAUCAGUCACUAAGUUCAUGGUGCUUUUGGUUAAUAAGGCUAGGGGGGUUGCCAGUUUUACUGUCACUGUUAUACUCAUUAAUAUCCCAGCCUCUUGUUCUGCUGCUCUGUAAUGAAAUGGGCUGCAAAGUUUUAAUGUAAAUGUUUAUGGAUUGUAUUAAAAGUUAAAAGUCAAA